CGUAUCCCCCGGUGUUGUCAUCCCCGCAGCCCCAUCCCACCCUACACACUUGCUGUCCAUACUCCCGGACACCGUAUACACAUUCCACGAUGACCUCACCCAACCUCGGCUCCUUCAACCCCUUCGCCGUACACCCCUUCACCAACGGCGCCGGCGUGCCCCCUCAACCCGCGCAGCCCUCCCCCUACGCUCUGCACUCGACCUCGACCGCCUACGCGCGCACAUCCCGCACCCCGUCCUCCACCCCGUCCUCGUCCCCCGCGACGACGCCGUCCUCGACCCCGCCCUCGAGCGGCUCUCCGAUCGUCAUGGUCCCCACCGCGCACCGGAAGCGGCAGACCUCGUCGAAGCCACAGCCACAGCCGAUAUUCGAGCCCUUCCGCCCCGACGGGCGCGCGUCGCCCGAGCUCGGCGACAUCGUCACGAAGCGCAAGGUCGUCCAGGCCUGGGGCCUCCAGAGCCCGCGCUCGUCCGGCUCGUCGAAGAAGGCAUAAAAGCGGCAGGCGAGAACCCGCUCAAUACCCCGACGCACGCUGAUACCAUCACAUCUUGCAUUCACCCCGGAACACCACCAACGAUAAUGAAAUCACUGUACUAUAUCACUUGCCCGCUGCUUCGUCUGCUCGAUGCUAUCGACUUGCACGAUACGAAACAGAAAAAACAAAACUAGGGACGGUCCUUGUCGCCUGUGUAUGCUACGCACGAGGGUAUCUAGGAUACAUUGCCUGUCAAUAAUAAUCUCGUCUUUCUUGCUUGUCACAUCAAUCCCAUGCCAUUUUUCUUCCGC